AACAUAUGACAUUACAUUUGAAUCACAAUGUCGGAGUGACGAAGGCAGGUUUCGUAAAAUGUUAGGAAUCGGAUUAUCGGAUUGUGUCAGAGAAUGUGGUUUGCGACCACAUUGUGAAGCCUUGAGCUACAUGGGACGGAUGCAAAUGUGCGAUUUGUUCUCUACGACAGACGAAGGCAACCUUCCCAACGGAGAAUGCAUGUACAUCUCCGGUUCUUACAUUAAGUUCGAAAAGACACCUUGCGGGAUAUGUUCGUAUGGACAGGUUUGUGAUAUGCCUUCAAAACAAUGCAAAUAUAAAGAAUGCAUAUCUACACGCAUUAACAAUGGCACAGUACUGGGAAACUUGAACGAAGUAGGCAGUAAGAUUCGCUACAAAUGUAACCAUGGAUAUAGGGACAAGAACGGAAUAAUAAGUGCUGUGUGCAAAGAGGAUGGUACAUGGAAUGUGACGGCCAACUGUACAAGAGACUGCGGAAAUCCAGUUUCUCCAGCCAACGGGACCAUCGUUUCUAAUAGCGGUACAAUGUUUCUAGAUACAGCAACCGUUACUUGUGACGACGGGUACCAGAGCAGUGUUGGUGUUAUCAGUUGUACAGCUUCUGGACAAUGGGACACCGUUACUUGUGAUCGAAUAUGUAAACCAUUUGCUUGCAUAACAGUUCUUGCAUAAUUAUUUUUAAUACCUUAUAUUAUCUAAUGUAGUCUGCAUUGCAAAUGAAACAGUUAUGGACAUAAAGUAACCUGUUAUAUGUAGUUAUAUUACGUUACUGGACUUUGCUCUCAAUCAAAUAAUCAAUUUUUCGUGUAAAUACGUGACAUCAAACUUCCAUGAACAGGCUCAAUCAAACCGAGCCUGCAACAUUUUCGUUUUUGUUGUGUUGAGCGACCUGUGGAGUUUCCACUUUUUCUAUUUUAAUGUGAGCAUUUGUAUUCUAUUUACAUUAAGCUUGCGGAAAUCUAGUUUCUCCGGCUAAUGGGAUCGUAGUUCUUGAUAGUGGUACCAUGUUCCUGGAUACAGCAACCGUCACUUGUAAUAACGGGUACCAGAGCAGUGUUGAUGUUAUCAGUUGUACAGCUUCUGGACAAUGGGACACCGUUACCGUUGCCGUUUGAGAUAAUAGAGUUCCUUUCAUUAUAAUAUGUAUAAUAUUAUAUUAUGUAUAAUAGAAUUCUACUUAACAUUAA